AUGGUGGUAGGGGCUGGCGAGCAGCAGGGGGGGGGAGAGGAGACGGGCGCGUUUGGUCCGCCAGAGUACGAGAUCCCCGCCCAACCUGGGGCCGAGCUCGUCCGCUUGGAUAUGGCCGAAGUCCCGGUUGAUCGCGCGCAGAGAUUUGUUUGGAACUGGGCGAAGCGGCGAGUGGGGCCGGAGGUCGAUCCCGGCUGGAAGGGGACCGUGCGUCUAGCACAGGCGAGGCCGAAGUACGGGGUGCCGCCAACGGACAUGCCGGUGUCGGACUCGAGGACCAACCUGGGUGCGACGCUGAGUUUUGACGGCAGUCCCUCGGACGUGAUCAACAUCGAGGUUUUCUACUUGAGGCGGGGAGGAAGCUGCGUGAUGGUGACGAGAGGGCUAGACGGGCUGGCACGGCUCGGCGGAAUGGGCCCUCAGAUUGCUUCCCUCGUGAGACAUUCAGAGGACGUUAUCAAGGACAAACUGCAGGACGACUUGGCCAGCUUCCCGGACGACUACCACGACAGGGUGCUAAAGGGAUUGGCGCCCGCGGCGGAGCCUUACGAUGAGGAGGGGGGGGAGGACGACGAGGGUGAUGAUGGUGGCAAACAGCAGCAGCAGCAACCGCAGGCGACGGUGCUGCCGGAUGGAGUCAUCGACGUGACCCCAACAGAACCCCCUCCGGCCGCGCGAAAGAAAAAGAAACCGCCGGCUCCGUGGAUGGAUGGAUCGGCCCCGCCCCCGAUGGAAAGGAUGGAAGACUCUCCAGAACGAGUGGACUUCCCUCCUUGGGCGCCCGCCGAACAGCAAGAGGAUGAGGUUCCUAGCAUGGACACUCUGUUCGACGAGGUGGACAAGCCUAAGCUAGACGCGCAGGUCUUCGAGCUCUUCAAGACCAUGGAGAAAGGGGAGAAGGGGGAGGAGACAGUAAUCGGAGCUGAAGCCAAGGGCGGCGCUGACUCCUUUUUCGCCGACAUGCGGGCGGACAACGGCACCACGGAGGCGGAGCUGGUGACCCUGUUCGAGGCGGGCAAGAACGCCUCGCGGAGGGGUGGGGUCGAUGAGUCGUCGAGGGAAGAGCGCGAUGCUAUGAUAGCGGCCAACCAGGCGGCGGUGAACACGGUGCAGCAGCUCGCAAAGAUGCACCAGAAGCUGGAGAUGCAGCAGCUGGAGAAGAUAAGAGACAUCUGCGAGGCCGCCCUCGAGGACAUGGACACCCUCCCGGAUAAGAUCCGCUACAUGAAGCCGCUGCUGGACGACAAGUUCGUGGCGUACAUGGGGUACGCCAUCCAGACGGAGCGCGAGGCCGUCGAUAAGAGGGGGCUCAACCCUGACCGGGAGCCGAGCCGGUGGCUGCAGGUGCUGGGGGUGAUCCAGAAGGGGGUGAUGGCGGAGCUCCAGAAGAGCGUGCACCAGGACGUGGAGCUGAUUUCCCACGUGCUUCGGAUGAAAGAGCCGGAAGAGCGGCUUGCGCUCCUCAACAUCACCAUCUCGACGCUCCCGUCCAUGUACAUCCGGGGCUUCAAGCGUACCGCCACCAACAUCGUGGACUACUAUGAGGCGAUGGGGGACAACUGCAUGGAUCAAGACCUUCGGUCUAUGGUUCUCGAGAUCGGCGAGAACCUGAAAGUUCUCAUGUCGGAGGAGAGGAUGGCGGUCCUCACCAAGGAGAUCGACGACUGGGCUGCCAAGAAGGCGGAGGAGGACAGCACGGAGCUGCGUCGUCUGAGAGAGUACGAGGCUGAAGAUCUGGAGCUGCGCCGCGCCACCGCCUCUGGGCUGUGGAACAAGCAGAUGCACCCGGACGCUACCAUGGACACCGAGGAGAAAGCGGAGAUCAGGAAGCUCACGGACGCUCUCAAGGGACAGAAUCUUCUGAGGUCAGGAAAGAUCCAAAACGCGCUCGCUGCCAGAGGCCUCGGUCAAACCGGCGACGGUUUCGACAACAACGAUGUCAUCGACAGCGACAGCGACGACGACUUUGUCUCUGGAGGUUUCGGCAUGAGCGAGGGAGGAAUGGAACUCGACUCCGACUACGACGAUUUGGACGAUUUGGACGAUUUGGACGAUGGCGGUUACACCGACGAAGCAGACCUCCGGCGCAAGCUCAACCGCCUCGCCGGCCCGGGCGGCGCGAUGGAAGCCGAGUCUCGCGAGGCCCCUCACCUGUUCUCGUCCGGAGGGCCCCUCGAGUCUCCGGAGAUGGCGAGGGCUCUCGGCGGACCCGCCGGUGGAAGCGGCGACAGUGGCGGUGGCAGUUUAAGCGGAGGCGCUUUCGGGUCCGGCGUGCCGCAGCUGUCCGAGCUCGAGAAAGAGGUCGCGGCGGACGUCGGGGAGAUGAGCGACGCGUUCUCAGACGUACGAGCUUACUCUAGCGAUUCUAUGCCGCGUCCCCCCUCGGUGCUGGCGACGGAGGAAGAGGAAGAGGAAGAGGAAGAAGAGAGUGAUACGGGAGACGAGUGGGGAUCGUUCGAUGAUGACGACUGGCUGGGGAAGUCGUCGAAAGAGGGCACAGGAGGCAGCGGUGGCGGGGAAGAGGAGGAGGAGGAGGAGGCGCUGUUACGACCGCGGGGGGCGGGGAUGGGAGAAAGCGUUCCCGGGUUGCUGGGAGGCGCGAGGUUCGGGAAAAAUCUCGCCGCCGGGCCGGAUGACGGCGAAGGGGAGGAGGGUAUCGUGGAUGAGGUUCGUGACGAGGCGAAGAGGUCCGCAGGCAGAAGAAGAUGA